CUACAGCUCCUUCGCAGCCUACUUCGUCCUGCUGGUGGUGCUGUAUCUGAAUGGAUACUUCUCGAUCGAAGAUGAUCUCGGAAACAAAUCAGACACCAUCGGUGACGCUGCCGUUAUGGAAAAGAUGGAAGCUGGCUUGCGCCAAGCUGGCCGCCUCGGACUCCAAGUCCCUGCUGAAGAAGUAUCUGACCAAGGAAGUCUUCGACGCUCUGAAGAACAAGAAGACCUCGUUCGGAUCCACCCUGCUGGACUGCGUCCAAUCUGGUACGUAUUGAG